AUGGCCAAGAUCAGUCAAGACGUUUCAUCAUCCCGUUCCAAGGCAAGAAAGGCUCACUUCACCUCUUCCUCAGUGGAAAGAAGAGUGAUUUUGAGUGCUCCAUUGUCAAAAGAGUUGAGAAAAGAAUACAACAUCAAAUCAUUGCCAAUCAGACAAAACGAUGAAGUUUUGGUUGUUAGAGGAUCAAAGAAAGGUUCCGAAGGUAAAGUCAACUCCGUUUACAGAUUGAAAUUCGCCGUCCAAGUUGAAAAAUUGGAAAAGGAAAAAUCCAACGGUGCUACCGUUCCAAUCAACGUGCAUCCAUCAAAGGUUGUCAUCACCAAAUUGCACUUGGACAAGGACAGAAAGGCUUUGAUUGCUAGAAAAGCUGGUAAGGCUUAA